UAAUUCUCUUUGCAGAUAAGGUUGACAACACUGUGAUAAACUGAUAACAGUUUCCUAUUUCUUUGAGAAAUUAAUUCACACUCAUAAUCAUUUGAAGUUUGAAGUUCAAACACAAAGUAAACUAAUUGGUUGAGCCAGCCUCGUAUAAAUACUGAGUUUAUUUUAAUUGAAGACAUGUUCAAAGGACUGGUAGCAUUGGUAACAGGAGGUGCCUCAGGGCUGGGUAGAGCUACAGCUGAGCAAUUAUUAAAACAAGGUGGAAGAGUGGUCAUUUGUGAUUUGCCGUCAAGCACUGGUCAAGAAACUGCAAAAGCUCUUGGAAAAGAUGCCACAUUUGUUCCUAUUGAUGUAACAUCAGAAAAAGAUGUAGCCAAUGCAUUGCAGACAAGCAUUGAUAAAUUUGGCCGCCUUGAUGUGACUGUGAAUUGUGCUGGAAUUGCAACAGCUGCCAGAAUAUAUAAUUUCAAAAAAGAUCAACCAUUUGACUUAAAAUUAUUUCAGAAAACUAUUGAGGUUAAUUUAAUAGGAACAUUUAACGUCAUUCGGUUAGCUGCAGGUAUAAUUGGUAAGAAUGCUCCUGAUGCUGAUGGCCAAAGGGGGGUGAUCAUCAACACUGCUAGUGUAGCUGCAUUUGAUGGCCAGAUUGGCCAGGCUGCUUAUUCUGCAUCUAAGGCUGGCGUGGUUGGCAUGACAUUACCUGUUGCAAGAGAUCUUGCCAAACAAGGGAUCAGAGUCGUGACUAUAGCUCCAGGUCUAUUUCGAACACCAAUGAUGGAGCAACUGCCAGAACCUGCUAUUAAAAGUCUUGAAGCAACAGUUCCUUUCCCUUCCAGACUUGGGUAUCCCCAUGAAUUUGCCCUCUUGGUCCAAAGUAUCGUACAGAAUCCUAUGCUUAAUGGAGAAACUAUACGUCUUGACGGCUCAUUGAGAAUGCAGCCAUAAGUAAUUUCUAGACCUGUAAAUAAUAUAAUGAUUGUCUACAAGUAGUACUUAUAGGUAGUAUAAAAAAUACAAAAUUACCAUUGUAUAGAAAUAAAUGAUUUUAUUAAU